AUGACACACAGAGGGUUUUAUCUGAUUGUCCCCAGGUCAAAAUUGAGUCUGACAGACCGCUACCGGCUGCACCUCUCUGCUGCCGAUCUUCUCUUCGUGCUGACACUCCCAUUCUGGGCAGCGGAUGCCGCACUGACGGACUGGCGUUUCGGAUUAGGCACAUGUGUGGCCGUGCACGUCAUCUACACGGUGAACCUGUAUGGGAGUGUGCUCAUCCUGGCCUUCAUCAGUCUGGACCGCUACCUAGCCGUGGUCAAAGCAACAGACGCGCACACCUCACGCACGAGACAGCUACUGGCACAGAGACUGGUGUUUGUAGUAGCCUGGUUGCCUGCGGCUCUCUUGGCAGUGUCAGACAUAGUGUUUGCCAGGACUUGGGAAGCAGGAGAUGGGGUAAUCACCCCAUCUCCUGCUUUAAAUUUGUUUUAUCCGCCAUGUAAUGUGUUCACACAAACAAGGAGAUUGUGCCAGCGCUUAUACCCAGCUGACAACGCUCCUCUCUGGGUGUCAGUGUUCCACCUGCAGCUGGUGUUGGUGGGCUUGAUGGUACCGAGCCUAGUUUUACUGGUGUGUUACUGUGUCAUCGUGUCCAGGCUGACGCGCAGCGGCCCUCUGCAGGGGCAGAGACAGAAGCGCAGAGCUAUCAAGACCACUGUGGCAUUGGUCCUCUGCUUCUUCCUGUGUUGGCUCCCGUAUUGUGCUGGCAUCACUGUGGAUGCCCUCAUGCGCCUAGAGGUCCUUCCCAGGGGCUGCAGUCUGGAGGUGGUGUUGGGUGUGUGGCUGACGGUGGCUGAACCAAUGGCAUUUGCCCACUGCUGUCUAAACCUGCUGCUGUAUGCCUUCCUGGGGGCGGACUUCAAGAGGUCCGCCAGACGGGAGGACUCAAUACUCGGUCGCGUCGUCUCCAGUCUGAAGAUUCUACCUCCUAGACGCCCAGGAACCUCUACUACCACAGAGUCUGAGUCAUUUAGUCUACACUCCAGCUAACAGAAUAUGGGUGUGGAUGUAGGUGUGGGUUGGAUGAGGGUGUAAAUUCUUUGUCCUAUAUAUGAGAAGAGGGUAGUCUGCUGAUCCAUGACUUUGUCCCUUGUCUGAAAGAUAAACUUUUCUGUAAAUAUGGUUUGUGGGUCACUGAU